AGUUUUACUACUAUGUUCAAUAUUGUAUUCAGUUGAAGGGCUUAAAUGGGCCCUUGAAUAUAAAGGACAAGGUUGGAAUGAUUAUAAAUGUAAUGUAGCUGUUCGGCAUAGGGUUAUUGAAGGAAAAUAUAGAACAUAUGUUCAUGAUCAUGGUCACCAUUAUUGUGCCUAUAUGGGCAUACCAUAUGCGAAACCGCCUACUGGACAUCGCAGAUUUUUGGCUCCUCAAGAAUAUAAAGAUAGACUCAAAAGACAUUACAAGCAUUUAGGAAGUAUGUGUAUGCAAAAAAGUAAUGGAGUUAUAGAAGGAAGUGAAGAUUGUCUAUUUCUAAACGUCUAUACUCCAUUCCAUUUAAAGAAAAAACAGAAGCAAUGCAGAAAAAAGUAUCCUGUAAUGUUUUGGAUUCAUGGAGGAUCUUUCAAUACUGGAUCAGGGGAUUAUAAUUUAUAUGGACCAGAUUACUUGGUUAGACAAGGAGUCAUAUUAGUCACCUUCAACUAUAGAUUGGGAGUUCUUGGAUUUUUAUCAAAUCCUGAUUGGGGCAUCAAGGGAAAUAUGGGCUUGCAAGAUCAGAUAAUGGCACUAAAAUGGGUGAAUGAAAACAUUGAAGCUUUCGGAGGAGAUAAAAACAGAAUCACCAUCUUUGGAGAAUCUGCAGGUGCGGCUAGUGUUCACUAUUUGAUGAUGGACAAUUCAACUGAAAAACUGUAUCAAAGAGCUAUUUUGCAAAGUGGAAGCCUUCUCAAUCCAUGGGCAAGGCAGUUCAACACAACCCAGAGAUUCAGAGACCUGCAAAACCUAACCAAUCUCAGUAAAGACAAUAAAAACACCAUUGAAGCUAAAAAAUUAGUGACGGCUGCUGUGGACAAAGUUCCAAAUGAAGUAGAUAAUAUACAUGGCACCAACCCUGUAUUUAAUCCCAUAUUCCAAACAUAUAUGACAUGGGAAAAACGUGAAGAUUCAAUUCGAGAUUUUGUCAAAGACAUGUGGUUGGGCGUAAGUCACACUGAUGAUUUAGGUUAUUUAUUCGCAAUGUCACAAGAAUAUAACAUAGGCUGGUAUACAUUGAGAAUUUAUUCUGAAAUUCCAAAAGAAGCUCAAGAGACUCAUAAGAAGAUGAUUACGUUGUGGACGAACUUUGCUAAAACUGGAAAAAAACGUCCAAAACCACCUUAUGGUGACAUAAGUGAAAUUACAUGGAAUCCGUUCAAUAUAAAGGACCCUAAAUACCUAGAUAUGGCCAACGAAGGUUUUAACAUGAAAAAUUUCGAGGAGCAACAGCGAAUGGAACCUUGGAAUGAACUUCAUGCGGAGUAUCAUAGAUACAUACUAGAUUUAGAAGAAAAACGCAAGUUAAAAGAAAAAAAAUAA